AUGGACAUUCUUAAUAACGAACCUACUGGGCGGCCUUCCACACCAGAUCCCCAAUGUUCAAUUUGUUUGAAUGACUUAACCAAUAAAUGUUACUCCAAUGCAUGUGUACAUUUAUUUUGUUUUGAUUGCUUACAAUUGUGGUCAAAUAUGUGCUUACAACGAUGUCCAAUAUCAGAACCAACUUGUCCAUUAUGUAAGCAAACUUUCAAAUACAUUUUUCAUUCAUUUGAUAAUCUAGGCGUCUUUGAAACAUAUACUGUUCCUAUAAUGCCGAGUUUUGCUACCUCAAGCCCAGUAAAUGAACCGGAAUUUAAUGGAAUGACACAUAUUAACAGUAUGAUCGUGCAAAGUCUUUUAAGUAUGACUCCUGAAGCUGACACAAGAUUGAGAACCUUAUUUAGGAACAGAGGCUUGGGUGAAUUGGGCGACCAUCGUUUUCAAAUAAAUCAUAACACCCCUCAGAACAAUGGACCUGUUUUUGCACUCAAUGGUCAAAGUAUAAGAAUGGAAGUGUAUAAUGAUAAUGUGUGGGCUAUACCAUUACAUCCUAAUACAGAUGGCCGUUUUAGAUAUGGUACCACAGAUUUCUAUCGAAAUCAUCCAACACAAAUGUACAGAUUGCGUACAUUCAUUCUUAGAGAUCUUGUGGCCAUAAGGGAAUCAGUAAGAGUUGAGGGUCUGUCCAUGCCUUUCCCUGGCAUCUCUGAUUUUCGUGCUACAAAUUUGAUAAUGUCAUCACUUCCGAAUUGUGAUAUAAGACAGUUACAUUUGCUUAACAGCUUAAAUGAUAUUCUGAAUGUGCAUGCAGUACAUUUUUGCCAUGAACUAUACAAUUUUGCUAAUAGUAUAUUUGAUAUUUUUGACUAUGAUAACAAUGUUCAAUAUUAUCAUCGUGAUAGUGAACCGAUAGAUCCAUUUUAUCAAGAACAACCACCACCAAACCUUAUUGUACUGGAUUCAAAUAAUGAAGAACUUCAAAGACCAAAUAUAAUAGAAGAUAGUUCUAGUACCAAUAGCUCUGAUGUUGAAGUUCUAAGUGAGUACUACCGUUCUAUCGAUCCACAGAAUUCGGCCUCUAUUAACCAACCAUCUACGUCUACUGGAAUUCGAGAUUCAUUAGAUGGACCAAAAACAAACAAUAGUUUUCAAUCCAUAAAUGGUGGUUUAUCUCAAGUAUCAUAUUCAUCUCAAGUAAAAAGAGGCAGGCCCGAUUCAGAUGAAUCAGAUGAUGAAGAAUCAAUAAUUGCUACUCAAGAGUCUCAAACUGCUAAUUUAAAAUCUCAAGAUAUUAAUAACAAAAAGAAAAAGAAACACCAAUGA